CAAGAGAGCAAGGACGUCCCCAUUCAUGCUGUGUCGUUUUGCAAUGGGCCCCUGCCGUGAAUAUUUCUGUCUCGGUCUUGGUUUGGUAUUUUGAUGUAUUAUUGGCUAUGGAGACAUUCUGCGUUGGUGUUCUUCCUGAACCAAGUAUUGUCUAGGAAUAUAUAUAUGCAAUACACCCUGUGAUAAGAGCUUGACCAGUGCCGACUCAAAUCAGGGAGGAGAGCCGUUGUCUUUCUCUGGCUGACAGUCCUGGAAAGACUGCACAACUGUGUGAAUGAAUUAAGACUGAAUUGAAAGACUGUGCCCGUGCUGUGCUGCCAUGACGACCAUGGCCCCUCCCCUCAUGUUUCUCCUCCUGCUCCUUCAAUUGGCUCACAGCUCUUUCCCAGAGGAGCCCGGUCCUCUAAGCUAUGCUCCCUUAGAGGUGGUGAGGAGGUAUCCUGUGUUUGUGGGUAGAGCUCAUCGUUCCUCACAGAGACAGGAGCUGCACAUUCACACAGUACUCCAGGUCAACCGCACACUCUACAUAGGAGCCAGAGAUGAUCUAUAUAGAGUGGAGCUGGACAAUAUGUCAGGGGACGAAAUAUUCUACAGCAAGAAGCGGACGUGGGAAUCCAAUAAGAAUGACAUUCGAGUCUGCAGGAUGAAGGGCAAACGUGAGGGGGAGUGUCGUAACUUCAUCAAGGUGUUAUUGAGCCAACAUGGAGAACUGUUUGUGUGUGGAACUAACGCCUUCAACCCUCUAUGUGCCAACUACACUAGGGACACUCUGGAGAUGGUAGGAGAGACGGUCAGUGGGAUGGCUCGAUGCCCUUAUGAUCCCAGACACGCUAACGUGGCUCUUUUUGCAGAGGGCAGUCUCUUCACUGGUACUGUAACAGACUUCCUGGCGAUUGAUGCUGUGAUCUAUCGUAGCCUAGGCGACAGCCCUGCUCUCCGCACCGUCAAACACGACUCCAAGUGGUUCAGAGAGCCCUUCUUUGUGAGCGCAGUGGAGUGGGGGCCUCAUAUUUACUUCUUCUUCAGGGAAAUGGCCAUGGAGUUCCAUCACCUGGAGAAGGUGAUGGUGUCUCGUGUGGCGAGGGUGUGUAAGGGGGACCAGGGUGGGUCUCAGAGGGUGUUGGAGAAACAGUGGACAUCAUUCCUGAAGGCCAGACUGAACUGCUCUGUCCCAGGAGACUCCCACUUCUACUUCAACCUGCUCCACACCACCAGCCCCAUACUCAACAUGAACGGCAGAGACGUCAUACUGGGACUGUUCUCUACACCGCCCAACAGUAUCCCUGGGUCUGCAGUCUGUGUGUUUGACAUGCAACAGUUGGCUAGGGUGUUUGAGGGAAGAUUCAAGGAGCAGAAAUCUCCAGAAUCCAUCUGGACACCUGUAUCUGAUGAGCUUGUGCCCAAACCCAGGCCGGGUAGCUGUGCGGUGCAGGGGUCUCAGUUCAGCUCGUCCAAAACUCUGCCAGAUGAGGUGUUGAACUUUGUGAAGACUCAUCCCCUGAUGGAUGAGACCAUACCCCUGGUGGGGCACAGACCCUGGGUUGUCAAGACUAUGGGCAGGUACCAGUUGACAGCCAUGGUGGUGGACACAGAAGCUGGUCCCCAUAGAAACCGUACGGUAUUGUUUCUGGGCUCCACGCGAGGGACCGUCCUCAAAUUCCUCAUUGUCCCCAGUGGAGACAACUCUCCCACACACAGCAGUGUGUUUCUGGARGAGGUGGAGGGCUUCAACCCUGAGAAGUGUGGAGAGGAUUCUGUCCAGGCCAGACAGUUGUUGUCUCUGUCCUUGGAUCGUCCCAGUCACACUCUACUGCUGGCCUUCCCUUCCUGUCUGGUCAGACUACCCACAGCACGCUGCCACCUACACUCACGCUGCAUGAAGAGCUGUCUGACUUCCAGAGAUCCCUACUGUGGCUGGACCAGAGGCAGCACCUGCUCCUUCCUCAGACCAGGCACACGGCUGCCUUUUCAGCAAGACAUUGAUUAUGGCAACUUCUCCCAUCUUGGAGACUGUGGUGGUGUCAUACAGCAGAGUCUGCUGGUCGAGCCGGAGAGUCUGGUCUCCCUCAACCUGCUGGUGGCGUCUGCAAUCUCGGCCUUCACCAUCGGGGCGAUGCUAUCAGGCCUGGCCGUCUGCUGGAUCAUGGCUCACAAGCCCAGCAACCGACGCCACGCUAGCAACACCAGCCAGUCCAGCAUCCAGCGCCGGGAGAGGGGGAUGUUGACGUCAGGAGGAGGGAUGGGAGGAUCGGUCCUCAGUGUGACCCGUCAGGGAGGAGGGGAUAGACCUUGUUCUCAGGGCGGGGAGACCCUGUUUGUGAUGCCCAACGGAUGGGUGAAGUCCGGGGAGCUGGACCCAGGGUUCUUGCCCACGCCAGAGCACACGCCCCAGCAGAAGAGACGCGGGCUCAGGCUUUCCGAUUCUGGAUCAGGGGGGUGGGACAACAGCCAGACCUACCUGGGAGGGAGCACCAUGGGGCUGGCAUCCCCCUGCCCUCUCCCUUGCCCCCCACACCCCUCCACUGCUGUCUACCUGACCACCAGACUCUUCCAGGGUGGAGGAGGUGGGAGACAUGGGGGUGAGGAGCGAGGAAGAGAAGGGGAGACGCCUCGCCAGCACUACGUGUGCCUCAGCAAGCCCUGGGGGGAGAAGGGGAGGAGUGGGACCCCAAAGUCGGCACUUCGCAAGUCGGCAGGGGAGUACGUGUACCCCAUGACCCCCCAGGACUCCCCGAAUAGGAGGAGGGUGGUGUCAGCCCCCAGCGCCCACAUGGAGUUUGGGGAGCCCCUGCCUCUCCGUUGGCCUCCACAGGAAGGCUACAUCCUCAGCAGCCAGGGCAUGGUCCCCGCACCUCCAUCCUCCAUGCCGACCCCCAACGGCCAGCAGUAUGUGGCCCAGCACCACACCCCCGGGCCGGGCAGGGCUCAGCUGAGAGGGGAACUGGGGAGAGGAGAGCUGGGGGAGCUGGUGGAUCUCAGCCAGCUGCUGAGUAAGAAGAGUUCCAAUGAGAGGACUCACAACGGGCAGUGAAAAAGAGAGUGAAACGCAGGGAAGGACCCCGGUCACUGCUUAAGACCAUAUCAGUCUCUUUCUACAUCUCUCUCCUUCUCUCUGUCCUACCUUUUCUCUCCCUCCCUCUCUCUUUCUUUCUCUCUCUGUCUCUCUGUCUCUGUCCCUCAUUGUCAUUCAGUCCUGAUAUCUCUGUAUCUUACUGGUGGACUCCUGAGGCUGUUCUUUCUGUGACUGGUUACUACUGCUGUCACUCAGAUCCUGCUUGGCUGUGAUUAGCCAGAGAAAAUGAGAUUGUUGCUGUGUCUGCCUAUCCACUCAAGCUGCUUAAAGAGGGGAGGAGGCGAGAAAGAGAGAAAGGGGAGCGAGAGAUAGGAAUUGAAAGAGAGGUGAGAAAGAGGGAAAGA